CAAAUUUAAUUUCAACGAAACGAAAAUACAAAGAAACAAACGAAAACGAAACAAACCAAACCGAAAAACAACAAAACGAGUUAAUGCUUGUAUGUAGACCGUAGAACAGUAUAGUAAACGAAACGAUAAGGAAACUAUAUAGAAACGAUAACUAGGGAAUCGGGAAGGAGUCGCAGCUAAUUUCUGGUUCGUAUAACUCCAUUAGGCGAUUAGCGUAUUGAAGGACAAACGAAGGAGGAGCGGGAAAACCCGCUGCAGUGGCUGAAGUGCCAACGAUAAUUGAAUCAAAGGGCAGGCGGCGCACGUGGAAAAAGUUGCCCGGGAAACUGCUUCUGAAAAAGAAACUAGAAAACUUGAACAAAACACUCGGAUAAAAGUGGAAAACGUGUGCGUGCGCGUGUGAAAAACUUUCAGCACCAGGCCGAGUGUUUUAAUUUCGAUACUUUACAAGUUACGCCAUCCAGCUGGAAAAGUCCAUGGCCAUGGACCAUCAUCGGCAAACCCGUCAGCAGCAUCGCCAUCUCGGCAUGUGGCCAACAUUCGCCGUCAGCCUGCUGCUCCUGCAGGCCGCCACCAGCACGAUGGCCAUCGAUUUGAGCCGUUUGUAUGGACACAUGGCCAAUCCCAUCGUCAAGCGGAGCGAAGCCUGUCAUCCGUACGAGCCAUUCAAGUGUCCCGGCGAUGGUAAUUGCAUUUCCAUCCAAUAUUUAUGCGACGGUGCACCAGAUUGCUCUGACGGAUACGAUGAGGAUAUGCGGCUGUGUACGGCGGCCAAACGGCCGCCGGUCGAAGAGACCGCAUCCUUCCUCCAGAGCCUGAUCGCCUCGCACGGACCCAAUUACCUGGAGAAACUUUUCGGCAGUAAGGCACGUGAUGCCCUUUCACCUCUGGGCGGUGUGGAGAAGGUCGCCAUCGCUUUGAGUGAGUCGCAAACGAUUGAGGACUUUGGCGCUGCCCUUCAUUUAAUGAGAUCGGACUUGGAACACUUGCGCUCGGUUUUCAUGGCGGUGGAGAACGGUGAUCUCGGCAUGCUGAAGUCGCUGGGCAUCAAGGACUCGGAGCUGGGCGAUGUGAAGUUCUUCUUGGAGAAGCUUGUCAACACCGGCUUCCUCGACUGAGUAGCGCCAGAUCCGGCUUCUGGAUUUUAUUACGCACACGCACAGCCCAUCAAUCCUAAUUUCUAUUCGUAUUUGGGAACGCCCUACGAUAAUUACAAUUAUUGAAUGCGAAGUACCCACAGAUAAACACGUUCCUACACUCAUCGUCCGCCAACAAAACUCAAACACAACCCAGUCCAUUUCAGCCAAAAGAUGUUUUCUCAAACUCUAUUUUUGGGUAUAAUUUUGCUUUCCAAAACCUUUUUAAACAAUUGUUAAUUUGAUUUAUUUUCUUUUUCAAAACACUUUUAUAUAAAAACAAAAAUCAAGCAAACCAAAAACAAAAAAAUUGCAAAAGACCACGAAAAAGCUACAAAAAAAGUAAAGGCGCGAACAAAAUAUAUUCAUAUGCAUGAGCAAGCCAAUUUCGAUAAAAAAAAACUCGGCUGCCAACUACCGAAAAACAAAUCUUAAGCUUUCUCCCAACUUUCUGCGCUCUUUCUUAGACUUUCAUUAUGUGUUGCGUUUCUAUCGCGAUCUAUACAUUUAUUUUGAGAAAAUCUAUGCGCAAACUUCAGAACAUUGCAGAAAAAAUUCAUAAGAACUAGAAAAUAAAAUGUGGAAGCAGGAUCGUUUGGCAAAAUAUAAAAAUGACAAAAGGUUAAAAUAAAAAGAGAUUAUAUAUCAAUGUUUAUAUAUCGAACUUUUUCUGAAGCAUAUAUAUGUAUACAUUUAUUGAGUAUUUUUAUUGAUGUAUAUGUAAAGUGUUUCAAGGCUUCUUUGAUCCGUCACUUAUGGUAUUCACUACUAAAGUCCCUACAAAAACAAUGUAUGCAAAUCCGAAACCGAGGCUAUCAGUAAAGAACCUUCCAACCAAUUUCUUUCGUACUAACCCAGUACACUUAUUUUCUUUCGAUAACCGUCUACUAUUUAUAUACGAUAUUAAAACUAUGGAAUAAUUGUUUAGUUCUAGUCAGUAAAUGUAGCGAAAGCCCUGCAGCUAUUGUUGUUCCCAAUAAAUGAAAAACUUCAAUGUUUCAAAUUUAACAAUAAAUUAUUAGUAAACUAAACUCACGUUAUCAUAGGAACUAAAAAACGAUGUCGAGCUACUGUGCAGCAGUAAAACUAUUGGUUUUGAGUUGCAUAAUUCACGGAACGAUUUGUGUGUCUAAAUAAAUAUUAAUGGGGGAACCCAAGUUAUAUAUUCAAAAGAAACAACUAUAAACCUAAUCUUAAUUUGAAAAUAAUACACACAACUUUACUCAAAUUUCAAUAUAUAUAUUUCUUAGAAGAAAAAACACACAAAAGCAACUGUAACCAAAAUGAGAUUCUCACGUUUUGAGCGACAAUUUUGAUUGCCAAAGGACAUAAAACUGACCCAAACGAUUUGAAAUAUCAUAUGAGCAGAACCAGAAAUUGUCUCUCAAAACACUAAAAACAUCUUACAACCUAGUCUAAGAGUUCUCUAAUUCAAACUUUUUUCAAAGGAGCACGGAUUGUUGACCAGAUAGCGUGACAAGUAACUAAAAGCACUAAAUGGGAAAGUAAGAUAACCCAACGUUGAAGGAAAUUUCUUUAGAUUAUGCCACAAAAUUAAUGGAGUUAUAAGUACCUUGAAUUAGCUGAUAGAUUAUACGAAAACUACAGCAACAGUAAACUAUAAUUGUUUAUUUAUAUAACAAAAUUAAAUAAUUUUAACUAAAUAGUCGUCUAUUAAAAAUACAAAUAUACCAUAAUUCGAAAGAAACUUGAACAAGUCAAGAGUAAUAUUAAAUGAAAGAUAAAGAGCAGAUCCAUUGAACUAUAUAUAUAUAUAUAUAAAUAUAUGUAUAUGAUAAUGAUAAGAAGGUGAAGAAAUGCCCCGUGUAAAUAAAGGAGACAAACUACUUAUUCCAUAAUUGAUGCAAAUGUAAUGGAUAAACCGAACCCUAAAUAUAAAAUCUACAAAGUGAUAUUUUGUUUUUUGGGUUUUAUUAAAACAUCAUCGCCUGUAAAUUUUAAAUUAUUUAGUGUCUACAAAAAAUUGAAAAAACCUACAAAAAAAAGUUUUUUUCCUUGUGAAUAUUUUUUAAAGUUUUAAUAUACAAAUGCUAUAUACAAAACAAACACAUUUUCUAAUUAUAAGCCAUAAACUUAUAUCGCAUACAUAUCAGCAGAUCUCUUGCUAAGAAAGAAACAAAACUGCAAAAGUUACAAAGACACAAAAAUCUAUGAAACACGAAAUAUAUGCAACAUAUCAAUUAACAAAACAUAUCAAAUAUGAAGACGAGGAAGGAGUUGAAAUUAUAUAACGUUAAGAAAAUUAUAUAAAAUCUAAUUAAGAAAGACACACCAAAGGUAAUUUUAUUAAAAAUAUUUAAUUUUAUAUUUGUUUUAUUUUGUUGUUUUUGAUUGAAUUCCAUUUGAAAUAAUUGUUACUUGUUUCAGGGCUUUAAAACCAAAACUGACCCAUUGAACUCUUAAAACGCUGAAACAAUUUUGCAAUGCAAAACAAAUUUUAAUAAAAAAACAAGCUUGUUAAAUUUAAUUCAAAGUUGACCUAGUUUUAUAAUUGUUUAACAUAUUUUAUUUAGGUUGCUUAAAAGAUUGAAAACCAGAACCACCAGAAACAAAAUACACAAAAAUAGUUGAAAUAUAGUUAAAUGAAACGAGUAAACGAAACAUAUCAGUUACUAAAAACGUAGCAAGCAAAAUACUCCAGCAACAAGAGAAAAAUUGCUCUUCAAAAAUCAAACAAACAAAAAAAAUAAUUGAAGUUUGAAUUAAAUACAAUUGAUAAAUUCGGGUUUUAUGAAGAAAAUCACACUACAACCAAAACAAAUCUAUGUGUAAAUGCAUUACAAUUAGAAUUGCAGAAAACCAAAACAGAAAGAAGCGAAAAGAAAUUAAAAUAAAAUUUUUAACAUUCCAAUGAUGCUAUUUCUUUGGUGUGCUGUUUUAAAAACGAAAA